AGUUUCAUUCACCGUAAUGAAUCAGUGACAUAUGACGGUGAGGUUGGUAGUUGAACAUCCCUAACUGCACACCUCCCGGAGUUUUAAUUAAUGGCUCUGUUACCGCAGCUUGUUUUCGUUUUCUUGGCUUUUACAGGUUUGACUGAAGGAGCUGGUUUGUUGCCUGAUGGUCCUCUGUAUGCAACUGUAGGAGAGUCGGUGAUGUUCACUACAACACUGACAGCAGAAACACCAUUUUCAGUUGUGAUCUGGUCGUUCAAUAAUUCUAAGACUAUAAUAACCUCAACUUCUUCAAAUGUAACUGACCCAGAUUAUGAAGGCAGGAUCACCCUCUUCCCAUCUUCUGGAUCUUUGGAGCUCAGGGAUCUGGCUCUUUCUGACACUGGACCAUAUUCAGUUAACAUUAUAUCAGAUGGGGGGCUCGCAAAGGCUGGAAGUACUACUCUAAUGAUAUAUGAGAAAGUCUCCAGUGUGUUGGUAACUUCCAGCAGCACAGACUUGGUUGAGUUCAACAGUUCUGUCACUCUGUCCUGCUCCUCCUCUGGAUCCCCCACCUCUUUCCUCUGGUUAAAUGGCAGCUCUGAGGUUUCAGCAAGUGACAGAGUUCAGCUCACUGAUGGCGGCUCCAGAUUGACUAUCAUCAAUGUGAUCCGUUUUGACCAGGGACCAUUCAGGUGCCGUGUGUCCAAUCCUGUCAGCAGUGGCACCAGUGAUCCAAUAACCCUCUCCAUCAGCUAUGGCCCAGAAAAUAUAAAUUUGAUCUUAUCUUCACCACAAGAAUACGUUGCAGUCGGGUCAAACAUCAGCCUCAGUUGCUCAGUUGGAUCCAGUCCUCCUGCCCAGUUUAAGUGGUUUCUGAAUGGAGAUCAGCUGCCUGAUACUGGAUCAGAGCUCAGACUGAUGAACAUCCAGAUGAAUCACAGUGGAAACUACAGCUGUGAGGCCUUUAACAGCAAAACUCUGAGAUCUCAAAGAUCUCAGCCCUCAGCCAUCACUGUACUGGAGAAAAUAUCAGGUGCUUCUGUCAAACCACCAACAAACCUGCCAGUUGAGGGGAACUCAGUCAGCUUAACCUGUGAGGCUUCUGGCUCAGUCUUUACCAGAAACUGGAUGAAGGAUGGCUCAGAUUUGACCCUCGCUGACAACAUGACCCUUUCUGACAAUAACAGAGUGUUGACCUUUAACAUCGUGAAGAGAAAAGACAAAGGAGAAUAUUUCUGUGAUAUCAGCAACCCCAUCAGCAGUGAUAGAGCUAAAUAUGUCAUGGUUGUUAAUUAUGGACCAGAAAAUGUUCAAAUCGAAGGUCCAAAAAAGAUAAAUAUCAAAGGCACCUUAACUUUGACCUGCUCUGCUGACUCCACACCAUCUGUCAGAUUCACCUGGUUCUUUAAUGGGACAGAGAUAACCAGGAAUUCUGCUGAGUACAUUAAGGAAGAGGUUAAACUUUCUGACAGUGGCAACUACACCUGUCAAGCAUGGAAUAAUGUAACUGAUAGAACAUCUUCAUCGGUAGUGCAUGCACUGACUGUAACAGACAAGCCAUCACCAUGUGCUGCUGGUUGCAUCGCUGGAAUAGUAAUCGCGUGUUGUGUCAUCAUAGCUGCAGCUGUUGGUGGAGGGUACUACAUUUAUAAGAAAAAAUGA